AUGGAUGCCAUGCUCGAAGUCAUCGCCGCGCUCGGCUUCGCGUUCGAGCUCGCGAAGGCGGACGUAUCGAAGAACGUGCGACGGAUUCGAGACGUGGUUCGGGCGCGCGGCGAGGCGCGGGCGUCGCUGUUCGAGGCGAUCGCGCGCGACCGCGAGGCGGGCGGACGGGUCUGGGUGCCGGCGCUCUGGUUGCGGCGGUUCGGCGGCUUCGUCGUGGGUUUGCUCGGGGAACUCACGCGAGACGCGAGCUUGGAUCUCCGGACGUGCGGGGCGAGGUCGUACGAGCGCGCGCUGAAGCCGUAUCACGGGUUCGCGUUGCGAGGGGUUUUCGCGGCGGCGUUGGCGAUGCCGCCGAGCAGAGCGCAGUUCUGCGCUGUGGCUGGGAGCGAGGAGGAGAUGCGCGCGUGUGUGGCGAAGUUUGCGCCCGUCAUGGACGCGCUCGACGGAUUCUUAACGGCGGAAGGGUUGAACGACCCGACUCCGGUGUAA